UGGGGACUUUAUGAAAUGACGCGCUUACCGUUUGGAUUAAAAAAUGCUCCUAGUAUUUUCCAACGAGUUAUGGAUAAAAUAUUAAAAGAUAUGGAAAAUGUUACUGCCUAUAUUGAUGAUAUACUCGUCCAUUCAGAGGAUUUUGAGUCACAUAUAGAGACAUUGACAAAUGUUUUUAAUCGCUUAGAGAAAGCAGGCUUGAAAUUAAAAGCUGAUAAAUGUAGAUUUUUGGAAAAUAAUUGUAUAUACUUAGGCCAUGAACUGAAUAAAGACGGGUAUAAACCUUCAUUAACAAAUUGUGAAGCAAUAACAAAUUUUCCUAUCCCUUCUAACACGAAGGAGGUGAAGAGAUUUCUAGGAUUAACGUCCUUUUUUAGAAAAUUUAUUUCGAACUUUGCUUCAAUUGCAUGGCCGUUAAAUAACUUAACGAGAGGUAAUGAAAAGAAAUUUGAAUGGGGAGAAAAGGAAGAAAACGCAUUUAAUAUAUUAAAGCAGAAUUUAGUAAAAAGUCCUUGUUUACGACCCCCAAAUUAUGAUUUACCUUUUCAUUUGUUUUGUGAUGCUUCAACAGUGGCCUACGCAGCAGCAUUGAUGCAAAACGUAGAGGGAGAAAACUUACACGCAGUAGGAUUCUGGUCCAGAACUUUAAAUAAGUCUGAAGAAAAAUUGCCAGCAACUCACGGUGAGCUUGCUGCGAUUUACCAUUCAAUUACAUAUUUUAAACCCAUUAUUUAUGGAGCGAAAUUAACCAUUCAUACGGAUCAUAGACCACUCAUAUUUCUUUUUUCAAAAGCUAGUACAAAUACUAAAUUGAAUAGAUGGCUAAUGGCAAUGCAAGAAAUACAGCCGGAUAUUGUAUAUGUAGAGGGGACCGCAAAUAAAGUUGCUGAUGCCCUUUCAAGAGCCCCAGCAAAAUGGGAGGAAAUUGUUUGUAAAUAUCCGAGGGAAGAAAUUCCUUAUUUAAUGCAAAUUUCUGUAGAGAGUAUAAAUAGAAAAACCUUAGAAGAGACAAUACAGUCUGACCCAAUUUUGGAGAUUGUUUUUAAAGCUAUUAGAGAAAAUUGGCAAGAUACAUAUCCAGAGAAAAUAAAACCUUAUUUUCAAAUAAGAGACAAGUUAUUUAUUAAUGGAAAACUAAUAUUGAAAAAGCCGAAUAAUCAAAUUUUAAUACCAGUGAAACUGAGAAAUGGAGUUCUAAAAUUAAUACAUUCUUCACAUUUUGGAAUAGUUAGGAGUAAAGCUAAAGCCAGAAAUAUAGUAUGGUGGCCGGCUAUAAACGAAGACAUAGAAAAUUUUAUAGCUGAGUGCGAAAAAUGUCAGAUUAACAGACCAAAUGAACCUCAAACGGCUAGUCAAAAUAACUGGCCAGAAGCAAAAUUAGCAUUUGAGAGGGUACACAUUGACUUAGCUGGACCUGUUUUUGGCAAGACAUUUCUAUUAAUAGUUGACGCUUACUCACGGUAUCCUUUUGUUGUCCAAAUGAAAAGUACAACUUCAGCCUAUAUUAUAACCGCACUUCGCGAGAUUUUCUCAAUGUUCGGUCCACCAUCAGUUUUGGUGAGUGAUAAUGGACCGCAAUUCAUUUCACUGGAAUUUGAAACAUUUUUGAGAACAAAUGGAGUAAACCAUAUUAAGUCACCCCCUUACCAUCCGCAGAGUAAUGGACUGUGCGAGCGCUUCGUUAGAACCUUCAAAAGUAGCAUUUUGAAAGUAAUUGAAAAUAAUAACCUUCAUAUGGUUAUCGCUGAUUUUUUAAAUGAAUAUAGAGCAAGCCCACACCCAAAAUUAGAUGGAGAAUCCCCUUCAAGUUUGUUCUUAGGGAGACAAAUUAGAUCAAAAAUAGACAUACUUCGCUAUAUACCAAAAGAAAAUUUGAAACUAGAAGGCGGAGAAGUAAAAGAAAGAAACACCCGCAGAAUAAAAGAAUUCUCGAUAGGAGAUAAAGUAUGGGCACGUGACCAUUCAAGCCAUAAAAAAUGGUCCCCAGGCGUUAUUCUGGAGGAAAGAGGGGAGUAUAUAUACAAAGUGGAAAUGGAAAGUGGAGCAUUUAAAAUCGCUCAUAUUGACCAACUGCGUUCUCGCGGGAACUAUAAGUUGAGAUCACGAAGUAACAGCCCAGUCGAAAAAGACUGA